UAUUUAUGUGCGACACAGAAAUUCUGAGAUUCUCCCAUGCGUGAGCAACGAUGGCUGUAACAGACGAAAGGGUCACAUUAGAAGAAUGUUUGAUCAAACUUACCGUUAACACUCAGCAUCCAGAUAUUUUUUUGAGCCUUCAAGAUGCAGUGGCAGCAGACUUUACAUCUCUCACCAAAAACCUUUAUGACCUCCAAAAAGCCCAGGAGCCUACAGAAUAUAAUGGCAGCCCAUUGGUUCAGCUCGUGGUAGAAAACUUUGAUGAAGAGCAGAUCUGGCAGGAGCUGGAGCUGCAGAACUCUGCUGUGCUACAACACUUUACGAAUGCCGUUGAUGAAGCUUUAGCCGAUGAGAUGUUAGCAUUACUAGAAGAGGAAGAAGAGAUGGAUGAAGGUAAUGGGGAUGAGGAAGAAGGAGAGCCCAAUGAAAACCAAGAGGAAGAUGCCGAAGAUGAGCCACAAGGUAGGUUAAAGAAAAUGGCUGACCAUGGAGCAGAAGAUUACACAGACGAGGACUCUGAUUUAGAUUUUGAUGUUGAUGCUCUGGAGAAACGAGAGAAACAAAAGAGGAAGCCCACAAAGAAAAUUUUGAAAAUGAAGGGCCUUCCUUCGGAGGUUGAUGAUGAGUUCUUUAAGUUGUCAGAAAUGGAGUCAUUUCUUGAUGACAUGGACAAGCAGGAAGGGAAGGAGGAUGAAUAUGAUGUCAAUUACUUUCAGGACCUGCCCUCAGAUGAGGAUGACAAUUUUGACCUUGAAAUGAUGUCAAGCAAAAAGGCAAAGGAAAACACUGAAAAAAGCUCCAGAGAUCUGAAGUACAAAGACUACUUUGGUGCUGAGGAAGGGGCUGAUGGAGAUAAGCAGUGGAAUAGUGAGGAUGACUGUGUGCAUGAAGAAGAUGGAGAGCAAGAAGUAGAUCCUGAUAAUGAGGACUUUGACAAUGAGAGCGGAGAUGUGAUCCAGGCAAAAGCUUCUCAUAAAAAGGUGACAUUUAACCUUUCUGGUGAUGAAGAGAGUGAAGGGGAGGACCUUGAGGACAUUUUGGGAGGAAAAAACCCAAGCUCAAAAAAAUCACAAUCCAAAUCAUCACAUGAAAAAAAUCAAGAAAAGAUGUCAGAGAAGAUCAAGGAAUUGGAGAAAGCCUCCCUUGCUGCAAAGUCAUGGCAGCUUUCUGGAGAGGUGACUGCACAAACCCGACCAGAAAACAGCAUGCUUGAGGAAGAUUUGGACUUUGAGCAGGCAUCUAGGAAGGCUCCUGCUAUCACAGAGGAAACCACACUACAUCUGGAGGACAUAAUUAAACAGAGAAUUAAAGACCAGGCAUUUGAUGACGUGGUACGCAAGGAGAAGCCUAAAGAGGAGGUGUUUGAGUACAAGAAGAGAUUGACGUUAGAUCACGAGAAGAGCAAGCAGAGUCUAGCAGAAAUUUAUGAGCAAGAAUAUUUGAAGCAGACACAGCAAAAGACAGAAGAGGAGGAGAACCCAGCCCAUGUUGAAAUUAAAAAACUGAUGGAUGCACUUUUCUUAAAGCUGGAUGCCCUCUCUAACUUCCACUUUACACCUAAACCAUCCGUGCCUGAGGUGAAGGUGGUUUCUAAUCUGCCUUCUAUCACGAUGGAAGAAGUGGCUCCAGUCACUGCCAGUGAAGCCACACUGCUUGCUCCAGAGGAAAUUAAGGAGAAAAACAAAGCCGGUGAUGUUGUGGGUGACAGUGAAAAGACAUCAACAGACAAGAAACGCGAGAGACGUCAUAAAAAGAAAGUGAAACAUUUUAAAAUCAAGGAGAAAGAAAAGAAACAGAAGCUCAGAGAAGCAAGUAAAGCUGGAGAGAGCAAAAGACAGUCAAAGGCUCAAGCCACAGAACAAAUGAGGAAACUUGCUAAAGGAGGCAAAACUACAAUACUCAAGGAUGACGGAAAGGACAAAGCACUGCGAUCUUCUCAAGCCUUCUUCUCUCAACUGCAGGAUCAAGUGAAAAGUCAGAUCAAAAGUGCCAAGGGGCAGCCUGCAAAAAAGAUGCACAAGGAAGUUUCUGUCAGCAAAUUUAAGUUAUAGCAACUGAUACUAUGUUGUGACGGAUUAUUUUUCUGUACAGUCCAUUUUAUUUCCAUAACUGCUAUCUUUGGAAUUGUUGAUCUGUUUUUAUUAAAAUGAAACAUUCAA